GGUGACGGGGAGUCUUCUUCUCUCAUCGGGCGUCUCUCAGCCACGGUUCCUCGACUGCAUUUGUCUUUUCCACAAAUCGCGAGGCCACUGCCGUUGCAGCUGUUCCGCGAAGAUGGACGACCAGACCCAGGAUGGUGUCGCCGUGCCAGACGCGACGGCGGCAGCGGCGGUGGUGGUGGAGGAGGAGAAGGAGCAGGAGGGGGUGGUGGACGAGGAGCAGGAGGAGGUGCCGUCCGAGGAGCUGCUGCGUCUACGUCGGGAGCUCGCCAGCGCUCGCGAGGUCGCUCGCAGCAGCGAGAUGAAAUGUCGUCAGCUGCAGGUGCUGCUCGAGGAGGAGCAGUUCCAGUCGGCGCAGAAGGCAGAGGGCUACCUGCGGCAGAUCCAGAGCCUGCAAGCCGAGCUGCGCGCCGUGGGACACGAGAUGGAGGAGCUCCGCGAGCACCGCGAGGGCGCCAUCUCCGCCGAGCGUGACGGCGCCGCCGCCGUCGAGGACGAGAUGGCGGCGCUGAGCGCCACCGCCGAGCAGGUGUCGGCCGAGCAGGAGGCCGACAUCGCCGAGCUGCAGGAGGAGCUGGAGCGGGCUCGGGUGGAGCUCGAGAGAGCGUGUGGCUCCACUCGCUCGGCACCGCCGGGAGACAGCGAGGAGACCCAAGUGGACGAGCAGGUCGCUCAGCUGAGAGAGUACUUUGAGCGCGCCGAGAGGGAGUGCCAGCGGCUGAAGGCGGAGUUCCAGAGAGCGCAGGACGAGAAGUCGGAGCUCAAGGGACAGCUCGCGCAGCUCAAGCUCGAUCUACUCAGCACGAAGGAGCGGAACACACAGCUGUGCUCCGAGGUGGCGGAGCUGCGCGCCGACACGGAGCGCGUGGACAGCUCGGCCGGCCUCGGCGAUGCCAGCGAGAGGGAGGGCGACGGCCCCGGCAUGGAGCUCAGCGACAGGGACGCGGCCUCGGGCACAGAGCUCCGUGAUAGGCUGCGUGCCACGCGCGAUCGCACCCAGUUCAUGCAGGAGGAGUACAGGGACAGCCGUGCGCGCGUUGUCGAGUGGCAGGAGCGCUGCCAAUGGAGCGAGAACGACCGCGACUGGCUGGGCUCCGAGCUGCAGCGCUGCCACGAGCUGCUCACCUCGCUCGAGGGAGACGACGAUUCCAGCCAGAAACCGUGGAUCAAACGUAUCCCCAUGCUGGCCAUAGUGAUCGCAGUUGCCGUGGCGACGGUCAUCCCGAGGAUCAACAAGUUGAUGUCGUGAACGCUGCAAUCAAAAGGAUCUGGGGGGCUCCAGCAUCCGACCUUCGGUAUCGGCGACACACGGAAGUAUAGUCCCCGUGUCGGGAUUUUCUGCACGCUAGACAAUUGUCGCCUCUUUCCUUCUUUCUGUGUGUGCGUGUGAUGCUAACAAUGUGUUUGAGAAAUCAUAAGACGACUUAAUUGUGAAUGAUUGUUGCGCAAUCGCUGGGCGGAGUGGAACGAUCAAUCUUGUUCACCCGUUGGAACGUGGUGCGGCGCACGCGGGCAAAGGCAGCGUUCCGAGAAUCACGGUGUUUUGUUGAUCCGAAUCAUUUUUAAAAAAAAAAUAUUAACUUCUCAAUGUCAGAGCUCGGCGAGGAGCAUAGCUCUGCUGGCUGCCUUACGCGAAAACAGGAAGACACGCAGGCAGACGACGGGCGGACCACGGGACGUACACGGACGGACACGCAAAACCACAGGCACACGGAUGAUGCGUUGGCAAAAGUGUCAGCUGCACAGAUGCAGGCGACAAAUGUCGAGACACGAUAGAUUGCUGUACAGACAGACACACGCAGAGACAAGCAGACCACUGCAGAGAUAGGUAAACAUUCACGCAGAGCACACACAGAUUAACGGUGACGAGUAACACAGACCAGAGGGACACGGCAAUAGGUGCACAUGGAAAUACAGACAGUCGCACGGACCAUAGGCAUGUAGAUGAAGUGAUGGACGUGAAGACAGAUGGACACAGACAAGCCGACAGGCACAGAAUCAGAAUCUUUAUUCGUGUUAUACUGAAGGAAUCCGAUGAGCCAUGAAGCUCUUUUUCACAGAUGUUCCAGUAUGAGCGGGUCUGCAAGUCACAACAGCAAAACAAUACAAUGAACGAGAGGAGUGCAAAGAGUCACACAGACAGGCACAGCAUAGACAGUCACUCGUACACAGCAUUACAAAGACAAAGAUCCCCCGAAUAGCCUUAACAUACUGUUGGGGCAAGUGUUGUUAGCGAACACCUAUGAAGGCCGGCACGGCACACGAGGGGGUGGGUGGACAACACCACGCCCGGCCGCCUUUGUCUCCCCAGUGGCGAUGUUUACACACCGCACCAGGUACUAAUUUGAGGUCCAAAUAAUCGUCACCGGUGUUGGUCGUGAACGGGAAUCGAACUCGGGUCGCCGGGGGUUUGUAGCGCACCUUAUGCGCCCACCGCUCCCCGCAACACACAGCAAGACAGACACACAAUACACGAACCACAUUUGCGCGAGUGGCAGACAGACGCAUGCACACGCAUAAAGAACCAACCACCUCCACCGCCGCCGCUUACCACUAAGUGGCGGCAACGUCAAUACGAUGCUUGUGUCAGACCAAGCGUACUCUGACCAGAGAAGCACAGACAACAGACCCCGACACGCAACGAAAGACAGAGGGACAGACUACUGGGCUACACAGGCAGGCAAGCAGACGGACGGACUGACACGCGCGGACUGCACCUCGGGCUGCAGCAGCCUCUUUCAGUCUGAAACAGGGUUUACUCAUCUUUCCUACAAAUGUCACGCAGAUUUCCUACACAAGUCGCUCUGUGUGCAACGGUUUUCUUUCCAGCCUGUGCUUUCUUCACCUGCGAUCGGGUGGGGGGGC